UGGGUCGCAUUGAGAAACAUUAUCACCAAUGAAACUUAUCUUCCCCAAGCCACCAAUGUGAGGCCUUUAUUCAUCAACUCUCUCCCUCUCCCUCUCUUUCUUUCGUUCUUUCUCUGUACCAUUGCCUAGAUGAGGAAAAAGCAUGAAGAGGAUCACCAUGAAGGGAGGUCAGAGAUAGAGAUCAUGAAGGCUGUGGCCCAGGCUUGGCAUGGCCACUCAGGCAACGCCAGGAGCAUCAAGGAAUGGGAAGCCCACAAGGGCAAUUACAGGAGCAAGCCUUCGCGGUUUAAGAUGGAGGCGAUGAAGAAGAUGGCCGAGGAAGCUGCGCGGAGAUGGGACUUCAACGAGUCGCUCUGGGACUCGUAUGAGAUCGUCGCAGUGUCGAAGCAGCUCGAGACACGGCUUAGCUUAGAGACGAUACCUCCCUCAUCCAUUUUUUCAAACAACAACAACAAGAAGAAAGAGGGCAAGAACAGCUUGAGGAAGCUGCUUGCUAGAAGCACUUCCAGAAGGCAUGAGAUUCAUGAGGCCGCCGCCAAAGAAGUCCCCGGAAGAUGAGAAAAGGGGAGUGCAAUAUUCCAUUACUCCUUGCUAACAACACGUUUCGCUUUUCUUUCUUUUUUUUUCUCUUUCAAUUGUCUUUUCCUUGAAUCCCGGAAGAUUGUAUAUAGCCUUGGGAGAAUGGUGCAUGCCCAAACCUUUUUUUUAACCAUACAAAAUGUCAAUAUAAAAUAGGAAGAUUUAUGUGUGACUCUUACUUCUGUAAAUUAAAUUCAUGUACAUGGUUUAUUCCAGUAAUCACUUGCCACACUAUGUGGUUUUUCUUA